AUGUCUCCUCUCACAUGCAACGAACUGCACGACAUGUUCCACGGCCUGGACCACGACCGUGACGGCCAGGUCAGCCUGGAGGCGCUCCGGUGCCAGCUGUUCGAGAGCGGCGCAGUGUCCAUCACGAAAGACGAGCUGGCUUCCCUGAUCGGGAAGUCCAGCCUCAACGUGGACGAGUUCGUUCUGCUCUACAACUCCAUCGAGAUCCAAAACGACGUCGAUGGUGGAAACGGCCCGAACAACACUCUUGAAGGAGGAGGAGGAGAAGAAGAUUGUGUGAAGAGGGCGUUCGAGGUUUUUGAUGUGGAUGGAGAUGGGUUUAUAUCGUGUGACGAGCUGGAGGACGUGCUGAAGAGGCUGGGGCUGUGGGAUGAGAAGAGCGGCAGGGAUCCGGCGGCCAUGAUUUGUAAGUUCGAUAAGAAUUUUGAUGGGUUGCUUGAUUUCGAAGAGUUCAGGACCAUGGCCCCACCUUCCCUCCCGCAUUCCACGUCGGACACUCCCUUCACUCCUACUCCUUCGUUCCCCUUUCUGUUUCCGUCUUCUUCCCCAAUCUCGCCGCGCCAUUUGCAACAGUCUCAAUUAUUCACCUUCCUUCACCCCCUUCCCACCGCCGUCGCCGCCAUGAAAUCCACCAGCCCCACUGCCGCCGUCGGCACCGCCUUAGUCAAAACCCCCUACAUCGUCAAAUUCGCCGCCGUCGCCCUCCUCUCCCUCUCCGUCGCCCUCCUCUUCUACCACCACCCUUCCUUCCCCUCCGCCGCCUUCUCCGCCUUCACCUCCCUCUCCUCCCCCACCGCCGUCGCCGCCAACAACUCAACUUCCACCGCGCUUAACUCCACCUCCACCGCAGUCAACACCUCCUCGACUAUACUGAAAGUGAAGAAACUUCCCCCGCCGCCUCCGUCGGUGGCGCGGAGGACGGGGAUAGUGGACGAGAACGGGGCCAUGACCGAAGACUUCGAGAUCGGCGAGUUCGAUCCCAGCUUGAUGGAGGAGCUCAGGAAUCUCAGGGGAGGAGGAGAAGAAACGGAGAAGAAGGAGAACGAGCCCAAAAUUGUCAAGUACGACAAGUUCAAAGCGUGCGACGGAAGCAAAAUCGAUCACAUUCCAUGUUUGGACAAAUCCGAAAGACAUUGCCCCGAUUCAGCUCUUGAUUGCGUCGUCCCCAUGCCAAAUGGCUACCAGAAAUCGCUCCCCUGGCCCAGGAGCCGGGACGAGGUGUGGCUUCAUAAUGUGCCUGAUACACGCUUGGUUCAAGAUCAAGGCGGCCAGUAUUCGAUGUUGGUGAAAGAUGCUAAGAUCAGUUUUCAGGACGGUGGAAGUGAUCAAUAUGUGAACUUGAUCUCACAGAUGGUUCCUGACAUUGAUUUCGGCCAUCAUACACGCGUUGCAUUAGACAUUAGUCCAGGGAUUGGAAGCUUUGCAGCAUCUUUGUUUAGGCACAACGUGACCACACUGUUGAUUGGGACAAAAGAUGUUCAUAAGAAUCAGAUUCAGUUUGCAUUGGAGCGAGGCCUUCCUGCCAUGGUAGUGGGGUUUGGUACUCGUAGGUUGCCCUAUGCAAGCCAAGCUUUCGACUUGAUACGUAGCUCAGGAUCUGGAAUCGACUGGACUGUUGACAACGGAGUUUUGCUUCUGGAGGUGAACAGGUUGCUGAGGGCAGGGCGUUACUUCGUGUGGGGAGGGCCACAAGUUGAUAGUAACCAUGAACUAAGUUUAGAUGACCAAUGGAACGAAAUGGAGGGUCUUGCUGCGAGCAUCUGUUGGCAACUUGUGAAGAAGGAAGGCAAUAUCGCGAUAUGGCGCAAGCCAUUGAACAGCAGCUGCUAUCUUGGCCGAGAGAUUGGAGCACAACCACCACUGUGUAAUUCUGAUGAGGAUCCAGACAAUGUCUGGUAUGUCAAUGUGACAGCAUGCAUAACUCUGUUGCCUGAGGUCAGGAAUGGAGGAAAUGUUUCUGUGUGGCCAGCACGACUUCACUCUCCUCCGGAUAGGCUCCAGAGUAUUAAAAUGGAUGCAAUGAUAUCGAGGAAGGAGCUGAUGAAAGCAGAAUCGAGAUACUGGAACGAGAUAAUAGACAGUUACGUUAGAGCUUUCCAUUGGAAAGAGCAGAACUUCCGGAAUGUGCUAGACAUGAGGGCUGGAUUCGGAGGCUUUGCAGCAGCCGUGAAUGACUUGGAACUAACUUCCUGGGUUAUGAAUGUUGUUCCCGUUAAUGGCUUCAAUACAUUGCCCGUUAUAUAUGACCGUGGACUCCUUGGUGUAAUGCACGACUGGUGUGAGCCAUUUGACACUUACCCCAGAUCGUAUGACCUCAUCCAUGCAGCAGGUCUAUUCUCCGAUGAGCGGAAAAGGGGAAAGUGCAACUUCUCGACGAUCUUGCUGGAGAUGGAUAGGAUGCUACGACACGGUGGAACUGUGUACAUUCGCGACUCCUUAGCAGUUAUAGGUGAAAUCCACGAAGUAGCAUCCGCGAUGGGAUGGGUGGUUAUGGUUCACGACACGGGCGAAGGGCCUCACGCCAGCUGGAGGUUCUUGGUGUGCGAGAAACGUAUGCCCUGACCUCGCCCCUGUACUCUUUAUCCUUCUCUUCUCAAGAGAUAAAGAGUUUAUCAAAAGAACUCGAAAGGGAAGAGGGCAUGGGAAGAACAAGAAAGGCCGCAAACAAAAGAAGCCUAAAACUGGCAACUCCCAACUGAGAGUAUAGAGAACUGCAGAUUUACCAGAGCAGAACCCGUGGUAGUUGGCUUCUACAUCUGCAGCAACAUUUGUUUGCUCUGCUGGAAAUUUAUGCAAGUAAUCUCAAAGCUAGUUAGUCCAAUGUUGUUAAAAUCACAAUUUCACUCAAUUUUGGGUAUUGUCUAGAGUAAGAUCUAAUGAUUCUGAAUUCACCCGCGAUUUAGAUUUAAUAUAAAAUCUCCAU